UCCCGCUUGAUACACAGGCACUAGUAAAAAGGAUAAAAGUUUGAAAAAUAAAAAAUAGAGCAAAGGAGUGGUGAAUAUUUGGAAUGUACUGAAUGCGGUUCUGUAUGUCGUGGAAAAGUCCUAGUAGGCGCUGGACAAGACGUGAAAAGCUUGUCAAGGAAUAUUUUGUGAACAGUGCGGGAUUCGGGAGAACGUCAAAAAACUGCUUGAAAAGUGCGAAACUGCACGAAACUGGAGCAUUUAAAAUAAACGAGAUCAUACUAACAGAUAAGUGCAAAGUUUAAAGUUAUUCAGCACCGCAGUGCCACACAAUAGAAAAAAUGCAGUGAAUGAAUGCAGAUUCUCGUGAGAAGGAUAAUUAGCUGAGCUGAGGGCGACAAGCGAAACGAAACAACCAUUCAGCUAUGCUCUCGCCAGCUAGUUUGGGUGAAAUUAAAGAGCGAAUCAGCAAAAACGAAGAAAAAAUCAACGUGCUGCAGGCAAUCAACAACGUCCUAAAGGAACGCCAUGAGAUCGAGUCGAACUACAAAAAUUUAGCCCUAAAAUUCCGUGACAUGCAAGAAGAGGAAGCCCUCCGACGGGCUAAGUUCGACGAAGCACGCAAGAAGCAGCUGGAAGAGCUGCAGGCCAAGGGUGAGGCUCUCUGUCGGGAAAAGGCCAAACUUCAGCAUCAAAUCGAACAUGUGACCUGGCACCUGGAGGGAUGUCGCCGACGAAGACCAUGUCUGGCACGGCUGCCGGAAAACUGUCCCCUCAAGGGGGACGCCCCCAGCUGUUUGCCCCAUUCGCCCGAGAAACUGAAAAUUAUGGCAAACAUGAAAAGCACGGCAGAUCACCUGGUAAGAGGAAUCAUGGAUUUGAGGAAAAAGAUCCACAUCGUUCAGGACAAGUUGGAACUUGAGGUCGCGCGAAAAAAAGACAUGGAAAAGAAGCUAGCCGAACUACGGAAGCAGAUCUGUCAGCACAACAAAUGCAUGCAGCAACAGCAUCAUCAUCAUCAUCAGCAAAGCCACUCUCGGGAACAGGGUCACCAUCACGGGCAUCACCAUCAUCACCACAGUCACCAACAGCAGCAACCUGGAGGAGGUACUGGCGGUGGAGGAGGAGGUGCUGGAACAACUUCACUGCCACCGAUUAAAAAUUGUCUAACGGCAAAAUAACAGCGGGCCAUCUCGGAGAGCUUUAAAGGCGCAGGAGGAGGAGGAGGAGGUUGGCGACCUUCACGUGGACAGACCAGCCAGUGUCCCCACGGAAAAUUCGUCAAACUUCCGAGACCGUGUUCCAACAUUGAAGCACCGUAGCUCGAUUAUAGUUAAGUUUUGUCAUGACGCAUAGAUGCCUGUUUUCGCAUAUGUAGUUGAAAAUUCUCGCUUUUCCUAGUUUAUCGGUUGUUGCGCUUUGCAUCAAAUGCAAAUAGUUUAAAUGGUUGAAAAAAUAAGAAUAUAUUUGAAUGAUUGUUUGAGUUAUUUUAAGCUAGAUCAUCGUUAAGUAUAUAUUAAUUGAAACGAUAAUAUAUAGGCAGACAUCUAGCUUUAAACUUACCUGUCGAUGAUCAGGGCACAGUGAUCAGAAUCCAGACUUUAGAAUGACUGUUCUAAAGAUUUUGAGGUUUCGAAGUAAUCAUUUUGAGACGACUAACCUAAAAUUAAAAAUUAAAAUUAAUUUCGAAACAAAAUUAGAUAUCCUAAUUUGCUAUCACUAUAUUCAGAACUACGUAGAAAGUCAGAGAAGUCUUGAAAAAUGUACAAAAACUUUGUUAGAUGUCAUAUUUGCAAUCUUCAUUUUACAGUUACUUUAAUGUUGUAUUGCUAUAAGCAUAUCUUGACGACGUCGAAGCUCUAGAACAAGGGGCCACAUUAUGCAACCAAGUCGAAGCGACUUUUCAAACAAGCAUUCAUACAAACAACCUGCAUGUUCUCCAGUACUUUAGUCAGAAAUACCAUUCUAAAUUCUGAACUCGGACCAUUGCCCAGCAAUUUUAUGUCUACUUCUGUUUUUUUUUUUCAUCUUAGCAAGCUAUGCUUGAUACAGUGUUACCAUUUUGUAUUUAGAUUAAUUGUUUCUGAUAGUUAUACUUAAACACUAUAUAAUCAAUUUAUUUUU